GUUUUACACUUGGCCGCAGCUCAGCGAACAUUGGAUAAUAUUCCUACGGAUCUGGAUAAAUUGGAGCGUUUAGUGGAAUUGGAUCUGUCCGACAAUACCCUCCCUCGCAUUCCAGAACCCGUCUUGGCGCUUCGUUCACUACGCAAAUUAAAUCUAGCCCGAAACCAGAUAGGCGAUUUGUCCCAGGUGACUGACAAUUGGCCAAAACUUGAGUACCUUAAUGUGAGCUACAAUCAGCUCGCGCAAUUGCCCUCGGGCAUGACACGUCUAACCAGUCUUCGCAAACUGUAUGUGAACAACAAUCGGUUGACGUUUGCCGGGAUUCCAUCCGGAAUUGGCAAAUUGCAAGAUUUGGAAAUUUUCGAUGCAUCAUACAAUGAAUUGGAGAAUAUACCAGAAAGCCUCUGCCGUUGUGGUCGUCUAAAACGACUUAAUUUGAAUUGCAAUCGUUUGCUCACCUUGCCGGAUGCGAUCCAUUAUUUGCGUGAAUCCUUGGAAACUUUCGAUGUGGACAACAAUCCCCAAUUGAAGUUUCCACCCAAACCACCGGAAAUGCAAAAAGGAGCUGGUUUGGCCUAUUAUAAUAUCGAUUUUUCCCUGGACGCGCAACUUCGCCAAAUUUGCGGCAAACCGGCGGAAUCUGCGGACACAUCAUACCACGCCAAGGACACUGCAUCGCGCCUCCGGCGUUUGCGUCGUCGUCGUGGUGAUGGAGCAGGCGAGGGAGAUAGUCGUUGUGUUCUUGAGGGCAUGCAGCGUGUGGCUCGUGAAAAAGAAGAACUGUUACGAAAGCGUGAGGAGGAAGCUGAAGAAGAGUCGAAGAUGAUUGCCGUGAAACGAUGGCAAGACCAACUAAACAAACCACAUCUAGAUUAUACCGGAAUCUUUGAAGAAGUUUGUUCAAACGAUCAUAUCAUCUUACUCUGA